GCGUUUGACAAAGCCAGCCACGACCCUGUUUGGUUGCACCGUUUUGGGACGAGUUCGAAUCGAUGGAGCACAGGACCUUUUGGUAGCAUUGGAGCCUAGUUUAGUCCCAGAACUUGAGGGCAAUGAUGUGGAGAUGAGCGCAGAGGAGAUGCGAAAGUUGAAAUCUCAGCCAUUGUCAAAACUUGAGACAGGUGAAGUCAUCUUGAGGAUUUCAUGA